CGUGACGCUUCCUAUAUCAACACACGGACGCCAUUAUCAUUAGAAGCGGAGAGACGGAAGAUCAGAGGUUGCAGAUCAGAGAUGGAUUCCAAGUCUCGCCGUUUUCCGUUCAGUGUGUCCAGUUCGUCCACGCUGUCGUCUCCCUCGUCUCUGUCCAGCUCAUCUUCAGCUCUUGGUCCGAGUCGACUGUACGGCAGGAGCAGUGUGUUGAGUAGAGAUCGCUUCAGUAGAGACACUUCUGUUAAACUCGACUCCGACUAUCAGAGCUCUCGUCUGAUUGGCUCACCGAGAGGAUACCGCUCGUCUGAAAGCAGCUGGAAACUCUCCACACCUCUCUCAUCGACCUCCUCUGUGUCUUCCUGUGAUCGAUCAUGGACACAAUCCUCCAGUGGGGACAGAGUUAGACUUACUGACUCUGAACGGAGAAUAGGAACCUACUGUGGACUUCUCGGCACAUCUCAAGACACCGAAUCUAAGAGAGCCAAACUGUCCUACACCAACAGACCAUCAUAUCAGCUGAGCAGCAGAUCAACAUCAACAUCUACACCUGCCAGCUCAUACUCCACUAUAGAUUCAUCAUGGAAGUCAAGCAUUGGUCCUUUAUCUCGAUCGUCAUCUUCUUCAUCCUCCUCCUCGUCCAGUCCAUCAGAGAGUCUGUGGUCCCGCAGGGAUCUGGAGAAAAGAGUGGAUUCAGGAUCGAGCUCCAGUUAUCGGACCAGUGGGCUGACUUCAUCACUGUAUCGCUCAGACAGAGUUACUUCCACCUAUGCACAAGGUGCUAGACCCAAAGAGAGCCAGUACUCCUCCUACAGGGACAGUGGAUCUAACCGGCGUAUUUCAGACAAGUACCUCCCCUCCCCUCUGGAGCGCAGCUCUCACUCUCUGACCUCUGACUAUCAGCCGAGUCUUUACACUCGAGAUCCAAAACGCACCAGCUUAACCUCUAGCUCUGUCUCUGAACCCUCCCACAUCUCAUCCUGGAGCUCCACCCCCUACACGCCCCUUACUGCGCGACGCUCCAGCCCACCCCCCUCUAGCCCCGCCCCCGCUCCACUCUCCACUCAGAGCAGUGGUGACUCCGAUGGCAGGCGGACGACCAGACGUCUGCUGUCCCGGCUCUUCUCUCGCCGCUCGAGUCAGGAGUCAAGCUCCAGCUCUGUCUCUGAUUCGAGGUCGUACGACUCCGGCCCAGAGGAAGCCCCACCCUGUGAAGCCCCUCCUCCUGUCAGUCGAGAGAAUUCGGAGGCAGAGCUGGGGAGCUCUGACCCGGGUCAGGGGUUUUCGUUUCUGCGCAGACGCGGUCCGUCCCUCGCUCCCGUUCAAGAGAGCGCGGCGGUGGAACAGGAACCGGAAUCUCUCAGGGCUUCAGGGGGUUUGGCUUGGCUCAACUGGAACCGUUGCACCCCUCUGUUCUCUCGCCGCAGAAGAGAAGGCCGCGAUGAAAGCGCCCGCAUGGAGCCUCGCCGCUCACCCCAGUUCUCUGUUAGUGCCGGAGACGGGCGUAAAUCUCCCGACCGGGGCGUUGGUCAUGAGGACGAUGAUGAAGAAUCGCCAUCGGAGGGCGCCACGGCGGCACCCUCUUCCGGAGCCUCGGGUCACUCUGCAUCACUGCUGCAGGACUCCGCCCGUCUGACUGGGCGGAGCCACGGCUUUGUCAGGGGGAUGUCCAGCCCACUCUUCCAGAUGCCUGAGAAUGUAAUCAUUGGUGUGUCAGCCGAGGGGCGGAGUCAAAGUAAUGAGCAGGUGAAGGAGAAGCCCGUCCCAUCCAGAGACCCAGAGAGACUGCGGAAGAUUCAAGAGAGCCUGCUAUUGGAGGAUUCAGAUGAGGAGGAGGGAGAUCUGUGCAGGAUCUGUCAGAUGGGCGAGCAGUCGAGUUCAAACCCUCUGAUUGAACCCUGUAAAUGCACCGGCAGUCUGCAGUUUGUGCAUCAGGACUGUAUUAAGAAAUGGCUGCGCUCCAAAAUCAGCUCGGGCUCAAACCUGGAGGCCAUCGCUACCUGUGAACUGUGCAAGGAAAAGCUGCAUCUGAACAUCGAGAACUUUGAUAUUAAUGAACUCUACAGAUCUCACGAGAGGUCUGAGUACGAGUUCAUCAGUUGUGGUCUUUAUCUGGUGGUUCUUCUUCAUCUGUGUGAACAGAGAUUCUCUGAUGUUCUGGGAGCAGUGAAUGAUGCUGGGUUUUUCAACUUGGCGAGAACUCUGCACGAACACAUGGAUGAUCUUGAAAGUUCAUUUACAGAAUCUGAUGAAGAUGAGGCAGAGGACAGCAGACCAUCCAUCGACUUCUGUGACCUGGAGGAUGAGGACGAUGAAGAGGAGGAGGUUUAAUCGGGUGGUAGGGGGGAAGGGGUGUGGUUUAGCAGGUUGUCUCCUCCCACUUCCCUUUCUCCACUUGUGUCCUCCUGACUUUGCCAUCAUCUGAUAGGCAGGGUAACUACUGUCUCAGCCUAUCACAAGGCUUUCAUAAUAUGCAGAUAAAUGUGUUGAUGGGAGCUGUUUGGAUCCCGUUUUAAUUAGAUUUUCUGUUCUGUGUCUGAGGCCGGUGAGCGCUCGAUAGCUUUAAUCAGUUAAACAAAACAGUCCGACUAACUGUCGACCACCACGAGUGCUUUACAUGACAACAGAUGCAGAGGAUUAUGGGAGAUUUGUGUUCUUACACUGGUGUGUUGGUGGAAAGCUCAUCUGCUCAUUUAUAGGGCUGCGUGAUUAUGAAAUGUUUGGUUUCAAUAAAAUGAAAAAAAUAGAUGUAUAAAAAAAGUAAUUAAAACCUUGGUUUUGUUUUUAUGUGA